AUGCCAACAAUUGAGGAAUUUCAAAAAGUUGCAUUAUUGUACACAAGCGGUAAUCCUAAUGAUAGGGAAAUAGCCAAUCAAUUAGUACAUUACAUUAGAAAUCAUCCUAGAAGCUAUCAAAUUGCUGUUCAAAUGUAUACAUCAUAUUUAAAUACCAAUCAGCCUGAAAUGUUAGAAUGGACAAAAUUUUUUUGCUUACAAAUAAUCAAUGAUUACAUUGAAUCUAACUACAAAGAAAUACCAAUUGCUGAGUUAUCGUGUAUUAAAAAUUUUAUGAACUCUUGGCUUAGAAAUGAGGUAAAUAAUCCUUCAUCCUUUUUAAUAAAACACAAAAUGGCAGUUUUAUUUUUGACUUUCUUUCUUCUUGAAUUUCCAAUGACUUGGCCGACAUUUUUUGAAGAUUUGCUUCAAACUUGUAAUAUUGGUAGGGAAACAGUUGAUAAUUUUUUAAGAGUUUUAAUAUAUAUUUGCGAUGAAAUCGGAGAGAGAGACACACCAUUUAAAGAUGAACUUCACAAAAGAAACACCAAUUUAAAGGAUGCAAUGAGAGAGGGAAAUAUUUUGCAAUUAAUUUUUAAAAAAAUUCAAGAAAUUCUGGUUAUCGGAGGUAAUGGAGUUUGCUUGGAUGUGGAAAUAACAAAAUCUGCCUUAAUUAUUAUUGAAAAAUAUGUCAGCUGGAUUGACAUUGAUUUAGUUGCCAACAAUGAAAUGUUUUCCAAUAUAAUAAACAUACUUAAUUACAAAGAAGUUAAACAUCAGGCAAUCGAUUGCAUACAUGAAAUUAUCUAUAAGGGAAUGUUGCCUCCGAAUAAAUUUCACACUAUUCAAGUCAUUUCAAAGGCAUUAUUAUUCAAUGACAGAUAUUAUGAUGAUGUAGAAUAUGAAUCCCAUGUAGGUAGACUGCUAAAUACAAUAGGAUUAGAGUUAUUAAAAAUAAUGACAAAGAUUGCACCUGAAACAUCGAUAGAGGGUCAAUGUGUCACCACAAUUUUGCAUAAAUGUAUUGAAAUCAUGUUUAAUUUUCUUGCUUGCGAAUUUGAUGAUGUUUCAAUCACUGUUAUAGAAUUUGCAAAGGCUUAUUUACACGUGACUAGGAGCAACAAAGUCUACAGCGGAGUUUCUGUAUAUACAGAUUUAGAAUUAUAUUUUGUUAAAGCCCUUUUAGAAGUUGUUGUGUUACGUAUGAGAUACACGGAAGAUUAUAACUUUGUAAAUGACGGAGAAUUGGAAGCUGACUUUCAAGAAUACAGGAAAGGAUUGAAUGUGAUAUUUGAAAAUAUAGCCAUUUUCAAUAAAAGUUUAGUUUUGGAUUUAGUCGAGCAGUACGUGGCUAGAACGGUUGUCAUGUGGAAUACGGAUAAAUCCGUACCGUUUAACGAAAUCGAAGUUGCAUGCCAUUUGUAUUACCUUUUGGGAGAAUCUUUACCCGUUGAAAAGGGUUACAAUCACUUUACUUCGCCGUCGUUAAGAGUUAAAAUGACUGAAAUAAUGAAUUCAAUAUUGAAAACUGAUUUAUCCACUCAUCCUCAUUACGUUGUGUGCCUAUAUUUUUUUGAAAUCAUUUGUCGUUUCGAUAAAUAUUUCAAAGUUCAAAACGAUCCCAAAUUAUUAUGGAACGUGAUAACAGCUUUUCUAACAGAAAGAGGAAUGAGACAUCCAAACGUGAGAGUUCGUAGUAGAUUAGCUUUUCUUUUUUCCCGUUUCGUUCGUACUCUCAAAGACGAAUUGAAAAUAUACUCGAGAGAAAUACUCGGUUUAAUGGAACCACUUUUACUGCGGCCUAAUAACAUGUUUCAAAAUCCAUUCCUUUCACACGACGAUCAAUUAUACGUUUACGAAACCGUUUGUUUUUUAGUUUUAAACCUUCCAGAAUCUUCCACGGAAAUAAAUGAAAAAGCCGAACAUUUCAAGAGUUUGUUAGCUCCUUUAAAGCAUCAUAUCGAAAUGUGUCGUACGGCAUACAUGACGGAACAAGACGAACGGAAAAGAGCCAUUUUCAUGGAGGAAAUAAGUCAUCAUAUAGCCAUAGCCGGACGGUGUAGCAAAGCUUUCACGUGUCGGAAAAGCAUGCAGGAAGAAGGAGUCGUAGAUAUAUUUCUCGAGCUCAUGAUGUUAUUUAUAUCACUCGUACAUGUUUCCUUGGACAAGAGUGUUAUCGACGCUGCCGUCAAACAAUAUUUACAUCGCAUGAUAAUUUGCCUGGAACAGGAUAUGCUACCCUCGACGCCGAGAAUAUUUUUAGCAUUUACAAAAGUUCCUAAUCCUGCCGUCAUAAACGAUUUUUUAUCAUUGCUCAUGCAAAUGGUGAAUCGAUUUAAGGUAAAUUUAUACGACUGUCUUAUGACAUUCCACGGCAGUUUAUUCAACGCAAUCGAUAAAGCUUUGGACGAUCGAUUCAUAUUAGAAAAUAAUCAAAUUGACGAAAACGUCAUUCGCGAUAAGUUAACGUUGAGACGAUCUUAUUAUCAAUUAGUUUUGUCCAUGUUUAACAAUAAUCUCGGGGAAAUAUUUCAGGUCGAAGAAGUUUUUAAAUUUUUCGUCAAGGAUAUACUUUACGUGCUCAAUAACGAAACGGAUCCUUUGCUCCAAAAAAAUGCUUUUCACUUGAUAAGGAAAACAAUGGAAAUAUGGAACAAUGAAAAUUAUCACGAAAUCGUUUUCAAAACUUUUGUACCUUCUUUUUUCAAAUGUUUAAGCACGGGUUUGUUGUUCGAUUCGCCCGAGAGUACUUUUAGUUCGGCAGCAGACGAAGCAGUCAGACUGAUUAUGUUUCUACACAAACAAAAUGUCAGUUGA